CACGGAAGCGGCUUCCACUUUAGCUCCGCGGUAGGGAGCGCAACCAGUUCACGCGCACCUUCUCCCCCUCCCACAUGGCCCGCUUCAUCAGCCAGUUCAAGUCAUUCUCAUGUCCACCAUGCCCCUAACUCCGGGCACCAUGCGCCGCACAAUCCCCACCACCUCGCCCACUCUGUCAGGCUCGCUUUUGGGAUGACCCCCAUACACGCUACGACAGCGAGGAGCCAUAUAUCAACUCCCUACCACCCCAAUCCGUCGAUGUCGUCGAAUUCAUCGAGCUACUUCGCUAGCGUGCCGGCGAGCAGAUCAGGAAGUCCGCCCAUUACCUUGCCCCCGCUGAAGAUGAAGUCCCGACCAGGGUCGCCCCACCCGCAGUCGCCAUCACCCAUCGAUGAGGACAGUGAGAAAGACGAGGAAAAGACGCAGAAGGAGAAGGUUGAGUUGCCGCAUUUCAGUGAGUUUGAGGCUGCCACUGGCGCGGGCGAGGCGCGACAGCGGGCGUAUGGCUUCCCUGGUCGGUAACUCGUGAUGGUUGGAUGUGCUCCUAGUUGUGAACCCCAGGACACUGCUUGUAUUUGUCUCGGUUGAUUUAUUCGCUGCACGACUUAAUGCCCUCUAUAUCCCGUUGCCCCGUUGCGCUUCGCUUUGCCAGUGAAGCUCCAUCCAGUUAUUUAUUUUCAUUCAUACGGCCAUAG